CAAGCAGAAACACCAUUCGCUUUAAGCCCCCAUCUCUCUAGCUUUUGUUUCAUAUUUUAUUGGGUUCAACGUUUGUAGUACUUUAUUUUCCAUCUGAAUAUGGAGCUUCAACUGGGUCUUGCUCUCCCAACUCCAAACAUAAUCAAGGGGUUCGACUUGAACAACCUCGGACUCCACCAGCUGAAAGAAAUGGGGGGUUUGGAAGCUUGGAACCACGCCGGUGGCUGUUUCGGGGACAAAGAUUGUGUUAAAAACAAACGUGGUUUUGAGCAGGCCUUUGGAAACUUCACUGAUGACUGCAAAGCAAUGCCUUUGCUCCUAUGGAGUGGUCAGCCAAAUGAGGAAGAAGAUCACAGGGAUCAAAAGAAGAAAACUUCUUCCUCCAUCGCUGAGAAUUAUGCAGAGGAAGAACAAGUGGUGGGGUGGCCACCCAUUAAGCCAUGGAGGAAGAAUCUAUUCCACCAGCAUCAGCCUGGCAGGAUUGAGAAUAAUCGGACGGCAGAGAAGGAAAAUGGCAGAUCCAUCUAUGUCAAGGUGAAGAUGGAAGGAGUAGCAAUAGCAAGAAAGGUUGAUGUAAGGCUUUACCACUCCUACCAAGCACUUACAAGCUCUUUGAUCAGCAUGUUUGCCAAAGACCAAAAAUGUGAUGAAGAUGAUUACACACGUUACACUCUCACCUACCAAGACAAAGAAGGAGAUUGGCUGAUUGCUGGAGAUAUUCCAUGGCAGGUUUUUAUUAAAUCUGUGCAACGAUUGAAGAUAAUCAAGAAUUCGGAAUGUUUAUGGCCGCCCUGGUCCUCUGUACUUAUCUUCCUACUGUUUGCUGUGCCUAUAUGUAUGCCUUGGUGGGUGCAUGGUUUCCAUUGCUACUCAGCUAUGGGGUUUCUUAGCUUUUCUUUGCUCGUUCUUGGGUUGCUUCAGCUUGUUUCUGCACAACAAAACACUGAUCCAAAUGAAGUGGCUGCCCUCAGGAAGAUCAUAGAUUACUGGAACUUGGGAAGUAAGCUGAAUCUAACCGUUGACCCCUGCAGCCAGAACGCAAAAUGGACCUCAGAAGAUUCAAAUCCUCGUGUUGCCUGUGACUGCUCCAGCAAUCCCUGCCACAUCACCCUUUUGAAGAUUUAUGCUUUGGAUAUUAAGGGUGAGAUACCCAGAGAACUGUUUGAGCUUAAGGAGUUGAUGGACUUGAAUCUAGGUCAGAAUGUGUUAAACGGGUCCAUUCCUGCUGAAAUUGGACAGCUAUCAAAAAUGCAAUACCUUAGCCUAGGCAUAAACAACCUCACAGGUCCAGUGCCCCCAGAGCUUGGCAAUUUAACCAAGUUGCUUUCCCUAAGUUUUAGCUCAAACAAUUUCUAUGGACCAUUACCCAAAGAGCUUGGACGUUUGACAUCUUUGCAGCAACUGUAUAUUGAUAGCAGUGGAGUUAGUGGACCAAUCCCUCCAGAAUUUGCAAAUUUAAAAUCCCUUCAGAUUCUCUGGGCAUCUGAUAAUCGCUUAACUGGGAAGCUGCCAGAAUUUCUUGGGACCUUUACAGAAUUCAGAGACAUGCGGCUUCAAGGGACAUCUCUUGAAGGUCCAAUCCCAAGCAGUUUUGCAGCUCUAACUAAAUUGGAGGACCUGAGAAUUGGCGAUCUGAGUGGGGAAGAUUCCUCUCUUGAUUUUUUAAACGACCAGACACGUUUGUCCACACUAUCUUUGAGAAAUUGCCGGCUAUCGGGACAAUUACCAGAACGUCUUGGCAGAUUCACCAUGUUGCAAUACUUGGACUUGAGUUUCAACGAGUUGACAGGUCAAAUACCGAUCUCAUUCCGGGAGUUCUCUUCAUUGCAGUUUUUGUACCUUGGAAACAACAACUUGAGUGGGGAGUUGCCCAAAGACAUCAUAACUCCAGAGCUUAUUGCAUUGGAUGUUUCAUUCAAUCCCCUUUCUGGAAAUUUACCUCCACAGUUUGCUAUGGUUAAAUCAAUGAAUGUUGUUGGAACUUCUAUCAAUGCAAAUGGUUUACAGGACAAAAAGGUUUCUGAGACGUUGGAGUGCCUCCAAGGCAAAACCAAGUGCAGAAACAAGGUUCCUUCCUCUUCGUUUUCUAUCAAGUGCGGAGGCACAGCUCAGAAAUCCGCAUCUGGCAUUGAAUUUGAUGAUGACUCUGAAAUACUCGGAGCCGCCUCAUUGUACACAAGCACUGACAAUCAAUGGGCAGUAAGCAGUGCUGGAAGUUUCAUUUCAAACCCGAAUGGAAACAUUUAUAUUGCAAAGACAGAUUCUCAGAUCACAGGAACCUUAGAGUCAGAGCUGUACCAGACAGCAAGGGUUUCACCAAGCUCUUUGAGGUACUAUGGCCUUGGUUUGAAGAAUGGGAAAUACAUUGUUAAGCUUCAUUUUGCUGAGAUAGCAAUGGAUGACUCGCUGUCUUGGAAAGGCCUGGGGAGGCGCUUAUUUGAUGUUUAUAUUCAGGGUGAGAAAGUUCUUCAAGAUUUCAAUAUCCAGCACGAGGCUGGCGGAUCCAAAAAAGCCUUGAUCAGAACAUUUGAGGCAAAUGUGACAAACACAAUCAUGGAAAUUCACUUCUUCUGGGCUGGAAAAGGCACCUGCUGCAUUCCAUAUCAAAGCACAUAUGGCCCCUUAGUAUCAGCAAUCCAUGCAUCUCAAGUAUCAGAAGGUGCUGCUGCCACUUCCAAUCGCAAACGAGUGGGACUAAUUGCUGGAAUUGUAAUCGGGGGUGCAGCCGGGAUUGUGAUAGUGUCUUCCAUAUUCUACUUAUGGUGGAAGAAGGAUCCACAGGGACACAUGAGAAUCUUCACAGACUCACCAAGGAAACAACUAACAUAAGUUCCCCCCCACUCUCUCUCUGGGCUCAGCCUGCUGUAUAAUAUGUACCUAAAACUGAAAAAUCCUGAAUAACAAUGCCUCUGCACCCAAACAUCGUGCUCAAGCUGGUUUCUUGGGUCCUUGGCCUUCCAAGGGCCAGCUAUGAACUACCAUGGGGUCCUAAUCUGAAGCAGAAAAUUGAACCAUAAAUAAUGGAUGGUUGAAGCCUUGAUGUGGCUCUGUGUCCCUCUCAAGGUCCAUUUGUAUUUAAAUUAUGCAAUCAAUUUCUGUCUUUCAGCAUCAACGCCCUGUUGUAUAAUUUAUGAAGUUGGUCUUUAGUGGUUUUCGUAUUACCUGUUUUUUUUUUUUUUUCCAUUUGCUUUUGUAUUUUUCUUGUUGUCUAGAUGUUACUGAUUCCGGGACCAUCCUUGCUUUUUCCGCUAAGGAACUUAGAAACAGUUAAUAUUUAUGGCGUGGAAGCCUUUGGAGGAUCA